CCUUAUGGAGGCGCCGCUCGCCGGCGAGGCCGCCGACCAUGCCUAGGAGGGCCGGGAGCGGGCAGCUGCCGCUACCCCGGGGCUGGGAGGAGGCCAGGGACUACGACGGCAAGGUCUUCUACAUCGACCACAACACCAGGAGGACCAGCUGGAUCGACCCCCGGGACAGGUUAACGAAGCCCUUGUCGUUUGCUGAUUGUGUUGGGGAUGAGCUGCCAUGGGGAUGGGAAGCAGGGUUUGACCCUCAGAUUGGUGUCUACUAUAUCGAUCACAUCAACAAAACCACACAGAUAGAAGAUCCAAGAAAACAAUCGGGGGAACAGGAGAAAAUGCUGAAGGACUAUCUCUCGGUGGCUCAGGAUGCACUCAGGACGCAGAAGGAGCUGUACCAUGUGAAGGAGCAAAGACUGGCUUUGGCCUUGGAUGAAUAUGUACGAUUAAAUGAUGCUUACAAGGAAAAGUCGAGCUCUCGCACAAGCUUAUUCUCAGGAUCUUCGUCCAGUACUAAAUAUGAUCCCGAUAUUUUAAAAGCUGAGAUCUCCACUACACGAUUAAGGGUUAAAAAGCUGAAGAGAGAACUCUCACAGAUGAGGCAAGAAUUGCUCUAUAAAGAACAAGUCUUUGAAACAUUGCAACAAAUUGAUAAAAAAAUGUCUGGAGGCCAGAGUGGGUAUGAACUUAGUGAAGCCAAAGCCAUUCUAACUGAACUGAAGUCUAUCAGAAAGGCUAUUAGCUCAGGAGAAAAAGAAAAACAAGAUCUGAUGCAGAGUCUUGCUAAGCUGCAGGAGCGGUUUCAUUUGGACCAGAGCAUUGGCAAAUCUGAGCCAGACUUGAGAUCCAGUCCUGUGAAUUCUCAUCUGUCUCUCUCCAGACAGACUCUUGAUGCUGGGUCACAAACCAGCAUUUCCGGAGAUAUUGGAAUGAGAAGUAGAUCAAAUUUAGCUGAAAAGGUCAGGCUAAGCCUACAGUAUGAAGAAGCCAAAAGAAGUAUGGCCAACUUAAAAAUUGAACUGUCAAAAUUGGACAGUGAGGCCUGGCCCGGGGCGCUGGAUAUUGAGAAAGAGAAGCUGAUGCUGAUCAAUGAAAAAGAAGAACUUUUGAAAGAGCUUCAGUUUGUCACUCCCCAGAAGCGCACUCAAGAUGAGCUGGAACACCUGGAAGCCGAGCGGCAGCGGCUGGAGGAGGAGCUGCUGUCCAUGAGGAGUACCCCAAGCCGAGCUCUGGCGGAGAGGUUGAAAUCGGAAGAGAGAAGAAAAGAGCUGCUACAGAAACUUGAAGAAACUACUAAAUUAACUACUUAUUUGCAUUCACAACUUAAAAGCCUGUCCGCCAGCACCCUGUCCAUGUCUUCUGGGAGCAGCCUGGGCUCCCUGGCAUCCAGUCGGGGAUCCCUGAACACCUCCAGCAGAGGGUCACUCAAUUCCCUCAGUUCCAGUGAGCUCUAUUACAAGAGUCAGGGUGAUCAGAUAGAUGUGGACUAUCAGUAUAAACUGGACUUUCUUCUGCAAGAGAAAGGUGGUUACAUUCCUUCUGGACCCAUCACCACCAUCCAUGAAAAUGAGGUGGUCAAGUCCCCCAGCCAGCCUGGUCAGACUGACCCCUGUGGGGCAGCUACUGCAGCUACAGGCCAUAUUCACCCGCUGACUGAGGCCCCCAAGUCUGUGACAUCCCUGUCUUCAAGGUCUUCCCUUUCUUCCUUAUCCCCUCCGGGCUCUCCCUUGGCUUUGGAAGGCCCAUUUCCGAUGUCUUCUCCAGACACCCAUCUCCAUCAGUUCACUGCUGACUUUGAAGACUGUGAAUUGAGUAGCCAUUUUGCAGACAUUGGCCUCAGUGAAAAUCAGAUAUUGCUGGAUUCUGAUUCAGGAGGAGCCUCCCAGUCUCUUUUAGAGGACAAAGACCUUAACGAAUGCACUAGGGAAGCAUUAUAUGAAGGAACCACAGAAGUGGAAAAACUACCAAGAAGAAGAGCAAGCCAAUUGCUUGGGGAUAAAACAGCUUGUGUGUCUGCUGCUAUAUCUGAUGAGUCAGUGGCUAGAGACAGUGGUGUCUAUGAAGCUUUCAUGAAACAGCCUAGUGAAAUUGAAGAUGUCACUUACAGUGAAGAUGAUGUUGCCAUUGUAGAGACUGCCCAGGUGCAGAUAGGACUCAGAUAUGAUGUGAAAAGUUCAAGCUUCAUGGUGGUUAUAGCACAACUCCGAAAUCUUCAUGCCUGCUUGAUACCUCAUACUUUUAAAAUAUAUUUUAGAGUUGCUGUACUUCCCUCCUCAACUGAUGUCAGCUGUCUGUUCCAAACAAAAGUCCAUCCAGCCACAGAAUCCAUUUUGUUCAAUGAUGUAUUCAGAGUAGCCAUUUCCCAAACAGCCUUACAACAGAAGACACUGAGAGUAGAUCUUUGCUCUGUCAGCAAAAACAAAAGGGAAGAAUGCCUGGCUGGAACUCAGAUUAGCCUGGCAGAUUUACCAUUUUCCAGUAAGAUUUUCACACUGUGGUAUAACUUGCUUCCUUCCAAACAAAUGCCUUACAAAAAGCAUGAAGAAGAAAAUGAGGAUUUUCAACCAAAACAGCCAUCAGUAGACUCCAUAGAUUUGGAUGCAGUGUCUGCCUUACUUGCAAGGACAUCAGCUGAGCUUUUGGCUGUGGAACAAGAACUAUCACACAAAGUACAAGAGGAGCCAGGGCAGGAAGAGGAGUCAAGGGGUGCCGAUGGAAACUGGUUAAUAAUGCUAAGAGAGGCCUCAGAUGAAAUUGUGACUGAAGAAGGGGCUGAAGUUAAUCUGCCUGAGGGCAGUAGCUGUAUAGAAGACAUAAGUUCAUGCACUAGUGUGUCUGAAGUAAAUGAUGAUAGGGGAAGAAAAGAAAACAACUGUGCCAAAGACCUCGGAAGUCAGCAACCCACUGGAGUUCCCAUCCUGGUUGAUAAAGAGACAAAUACCGAGGAAGCAGUGAGUGGCAAUGUGGCAGUUCGUCCCAAAGACCGCGGUGGCCUGAGCGCUCGGCAGCGCCCUUUUGUGCGGAGCAGCCUGAUAGUGCGCUCACAGACCUUUUCCCUGGGAGAGCGGAACCAGUACAUCUGCAGGUUAAAUCGAAGUGACAGUGACAGUUCAACCCUGGCUAAAAAGUCACUGUUUGUGCGAAACUCCACUGAGCGGAGCAGUUUGAGAGUCAAAAGGACUGUUUGCCAACCAGUCCUCAGAAGAACAGCAGAAGAGUGCCCAGUGCGUACAUCUCUAGACUUAGAACUGGAUCUUCAGGCAUCUCUGACCCGGCAGAGUCGCCUCAAUGAUGAGCUGGAGGCCCUGCGGGGCUUGCGGCAAAAGCUGGAGGAGCUGAAAGCUCAGGGAGAGACUGACCUUCCACAGGCUGUACUGGAGGACGACAGGUUCCAGAAGCUUCUGAAGCAAGCUGAGAAGCAGGCUGAACAGUCAAAAGAAGAACAGAAGCAGGGUUUGAAUGCUGAGAAGCUAAUGAGGCAAGUCUCCAAGGAUGUGUGCCGGCUUCGGGAGCAGAGCCAGAAGGUUCCUCGGCAGGUGCAGUCCUUCAGGGAGAAGAUUGCCUACUUCACCAGAGCAAAGAUAACCAUCCCAUCCCUGCCUGCCGAUGAUGUAUAAUUACAUCCUUUAAGAAAUUAUUUUUUUCACCUGUUCACUUUCUUAGGGAGGGUGAAAGAGUGGAUGUUUUUGU